AUGGUAGAGGAAUAUAAGAAAUUGCUGAUUCUCAGUAUCAAUCAGAGCGUCAAGAACUAUUUGAUGAAGAUUAUGGGGCUGUGCGCGGAGCCCGCGCACUCAGGGAAAAGGGCCGGGGCGCGGGAAGGCGGAAGGCCGAGGGUCACGGGACUUCCUGAACGGGCGCCAGUAAGUGGGCGGGACGUGGUUGGGCACAGCGUCUCUUCUCGGCCUGAGACGUCGGCGGGGGCGUGGCCAGUGCGGAGGCUGGUGGGCGGGGGAGUGCGAGCGUCGCGGGACGUGGGUGACGCGUCUGCUUCCAGCUCAGCGGAGAGUACCCGGCGGCCGUUGGUCGCCCGCAGCACGGAGCGAGGGCCGGGGAGGGUGGGGGGGAUAUGGGGCGGCAGCGGCAGGAGGAGGCGGGCGCGGACGAGCCGGAGGCCCCAGCAGCAGCAGCAGUCCCCGGAGUCUCCCUGUAAAGCGCCCCGGUCCGCGCCGCUGUGGGCCCCUCGGAGAGGGCGGCCUGGACGCGAGCCACUGCCGAGCCGUUCCCCCAGCGCCACAGCUCUUCGGACUCUCGGUCCCAUCCUCGCGCUCCUGCUCAGGCUCCUCCAUCUUGGCCUUGGCAGUGGCGGCUGCCGGGAGGAUGUGCCGCCUUCUGGCAGGGGGAAGAAGGAGGAGAAGAUGAAGAAGUAUCGGCGGGCCUUGGCCCUGGUCUCUUGCCUGUCUCUCUGCUCCCUGGUGUGGCUUCCUAGUUGGCACGUAUGUUGUAAAGAGAGUUCUUCAGCUUCAACAUCAUAUUACUCUCAAGAUCACAGUUGCGUACUAGAAAAUGAAGAUGUGCAAUUCCAGAAAAAGGAUGAAAGAGAGGGACUUACUAAUGAUGAAUUACUGGGAAAAUCAGCUUCAAAUUUACCUGUUCCACCAGAAGAAAAUAAAUUAAGGGAUAACUACAUUGUGGAUGUACAACAUACAGUGUCAGAAAGUUAAGUUCACCUGUGGUUGAGACACUCCCUACAGUUGAUUUACAAGAAGAUUCUUCCAGUGUACUUAUGAACAGUGAAAACGUUGAAAAUAUUUCCAAUUUAUCUACCUCAGAAAUCACUCCAUUCUCAAAGCUUGAUGAAAUAGAAAAAUCUGUACUAUAUCUACACCAAGCCAAGUGAAACUGAGCACCCUCAAAUGAUUGUG